AUGAAUGGGGCUACGAAUUCGAGUACAAAUACAAAUGCAGAUGGCAGUUCGAAUACGAAUAAUAACACGAGUCCAAAUAGGAAUAGGAAUAACCAUACGAAUACGAAUGCGAAUAGCCAUACGAACGUGAAUUCAAAUACGAAUGAGAAUAUGAAUAUGAGUUCAAAUAGCAACACGAAUGCAAAUGCGAAUAUGACCACAAAUACGAAUGCGUAUAUGAAUAGGAAGACGAAUACAAAUACGAAUUCGCAUUCGAAUGUGAAUUGGAAUACGAAUACAAAUAUGAAUACAAAUACAAAUACAAAUACGAAUAUGAAUACGAAUACGAAUGCAAAUAGGAAGUCGAGUUAG